UUGUAAUGACCCCAACCCCAAACUAUCCCCAAAGGCCACAUUUGGUUUCUUUAAAAAGAGAGAGAGAGAGAGAGAGAGAGAGAGAGAGAGAGAGAGAGAGAGAGAGAGAAAGCUCACCAGGAGUCCUCGCCGGAGCCACCGCACGCCAGGACGUCGUCAAGCUCGUCAUCACCAUCAACCGCAGCUCGAGUGAAUCUCGUGCAUCCAAGGCCAUCAUCGUGUUCCUCUCGUCAAGACGAAGCCGUAGACACCAACCGCGUCACGAUCGGAGCCCGGACGAAGCCGUACGCGCCUCCGGAAGUUUCACCUCCGCGCGCGCGUGAGUUCCACGCGCCGCCGCCGGACCACCGUCCUCCGCCGCAGCGCCGCCGCCGGACCACCGUUCUCCGCCGCAGCUCCGCCGCAGCUCCCGGCCAACUUACCGGUAAGCCGCCGCCGUAGCUCCGCCGUCGCCGCCGAUGACCGACACCGGUGACUCGCCGGCGACUCGCCAACUCGGCCGAGUCGACCCGGUGAGUCAACUCGGUUGACUCGGUUAACCGGUGGUUUGACCGGUUUAAAUCGAUUUCGAUUCGGUUAGGUUUAACCGGUCGGUUAAAAUCAAUUGGUAAUAGGUUAGGGAAAACCGGAUUAAUUAAUUAAUUAAUCAAUUAAUUAAUUAAUUAAAUAAUUGAUCUUUGACCAGCGGGUUGACUUUUCCGUAAAUACCCGUUUUAAACCGUUCGAAAGGCGUUCUGACUCGAAAUUUCGAUCUGAUUUCAGAUUUGGAGUCCAUUUGAGCAGCUGGAGUUCAUAUAUACCACUUCUCUUCAUUGCUAAGAUGGCGCCCAGGAAGAGAGUUGUUCGUACUCAGACUCCCAGAGUUGCUAGAGAGGCUGAGGAUGAGCAUGUCCAGCCCGCAGUUCCGCAGCAGGCGGCUCCGCCUAUUGAUCAGGAUGCUUUGAGACAGAUGGUUCAGGAUGCGGCUAGGCAGGCUGCACAGGAGACAGUCCAGCAAGCUGCCCAGGAGGCUGCCCGAAUAGCUGCUCAGGAGGUUGCCAGACAGAUGGCUGCAGUACAGCAGGGUCCGCAGAUUCGCAUGCAGCAGGCUCCACCAGUUCAGGUUCAGCAUUAUCAUCAGGUUCCACAUCAGCCGGCUCCAGUCCAGCAGUACCCUCAGGUUCCUGUUCAGCCGGUUCCAGGAGUUUUUCAGGUUCCACCACCGCCACCUGCAUUCCCAGUUCAGGUGCCCGAGGUUGAUGAGACAUUUAUCAGGGUGUUGGGACAGAUGAAGUAUGUGAGUUUGGAGCAUUUCACUGGAACGACGGAACCUACAGUUGCACACGAUUGGAAGCACAAUUUGGAUAAGUGUUUGAAGACCAUCUCGUGCCCACCAAGGCUCAAGCUAAACAUCGCUGAGUUGUAUUUGCGCGGAGAUGCAUCAAUCUGGUGGGAUGGAGUGAGAUUGAUGCACCGUGGCGAGCUGACAUAUGAUGAUUUUCUUUACGCGUUCAACAAGAAGUAUUUUCCGAGGGAAGCUUUGCAUGAGAAGAAGAAUGAUUUCGAGCAUUUGAGGCAGGGUGCAAAGUCUGUCAGGGAGUAUGAGCGGGAGUUUAACCAGCUCCGCAGAUUUGUGGGUAACAACAUAGAUGAAGAGGAUCUGAUCAGGAGGUUCUUAGAUGGGAUGCGAGUAGAGCUUCGUGGUAGGUGCAGUGUGGUUACCUACACCAGUUUGGAGGAUCUGGUAGAGAAGGCGGCUGUGCAGGAGAAAUGUAUGGGUGAGGAGCAGAAGUUCUCCAAAGCAGUUCAGCCUAAGGCAGGAGGGGCUUCGGGGUCGCAGAAGAGGCCUUGGGAGCAGACUGGAGCACCCCGUUGUGGGCGUUGUCGUCGCCACCAUUUUGGGGAAUGUUUCCAGUGCUAUAAUUGCGAUCAGUUUGGGCAUCUUGCGAAGAACUGUAGGAAGCCACCACGAACUCAGGUUGCAACACCAGCAGCAGCAGUAGCACCAGCAGUGGCAGCGAGGAACUGUUACGGCUGCAACCAGCCGGGUCACAUCUACAGAGAUUGUCCGAGGAGAGGCAAUGCAGCGCUUCCACCACCACCGAAGCGUCCAGCCAUCGCUCCACGGGUCUUUACAGUUGGAGAUCCCCAAGGAGUUGAACCGAUAGCGGGAUCGGUUUCGGUUGGAGGAAAGUCAGCUCACACUUUAUUCGACACGGGAGCCUCUAAUAGUUUUGUGAGUCCGCGCUUAGUCCAGUCUUGGUCUUUUCGGGGAGUCUUUGAACCGAAGGCUAAGCAGAUCCAGACUGUCGGCACGGAGAAGUUGGGUGCACUUGGCAUUUAUCACGAUGUACCAGUUCUACUUGGAGGAGUCGAGUUGCUCGGAGAUUUGACGGAGAUAGAGAUGAGCUCCUACGAUGUUAUACUUGGGAUGGAUUGGCUGUCGCGACAUCGAGUAAUCUUGGAUUGUCCGAAGGCAAGAGUUAAUAUCCCUAGAGAAGAAGGAAAGAUCAUUUUCGAGGGAAUUCAGACACACCGGGAAAUUCCUAUCGUAUCCAUGUUGCGUGCAGAAGAAUUAUUGGAAAGUGGAGCAGAGGGAUUUUUGGCAACAAUUUCGAUGGCUAAGGAGGACGGUCAGCAGAAGCUGCAUGAUAUAUCAGUGGUCGCCGAGUACGAGGAUGUUUUUGAGCCUUUAAAAGGGCCACCACCAGCUAGAGCGGACGUUCUUACAAUAGAAGUAGAGCCAGGAGCAGCACCAAUUUCACGAGCUCCAUACCGUCUCGCACCAACUGAGAUGGCAGAGUUAAAGAAACAAUUGGAGGAGCUAUCUGAUAAGGGGUUUAUCAGGCCAAGCACGUCACCGUGGGGAGCACCAGUGUUGUUUGUGAAGAAGAAAGAUGGGAGUUUCAGACUUUGUAUAGAUUACAGAGGUUUGAACAAAGUGACCAUCAAGAAUAAGUACCCGCUCCCGCGUAUCGACGAGUUGUUGGACCAGUUGCAGGGAGCUUCAUGGUUCUCUAAGAUUGACUUGGCAUCGGGAUACCACCAGAUUGCAAUAGCUGAGGGAGAUGUGCGGAAGACGGCAUUCCGUACCCGUUAUGGACAUUACGAGUUUGUGGUGAUGCCAUUUGGGUUGACAAACGCACCAGCCACGUUCAUGAAGCUUAUGAAUGAUGUAUUUCGUGAGCACUUGGAUAAGUGUGUGAUCGUUUUCAUAGAUGACAUCUUGGUUUACUCUCGGAGUAGAGGAGAGCAUGCUGAACAUUUGCGGAUUGUGUUGGGUAAGCUUCGGGAACAUCAGUUAUUUGCCAAGCUGAGCAAGUGUAGCUUUUGGCAGAAGAAGAUUGGAUUUUUGGGUCACGUGGUUUCAGAAGCGGGAGUUGCCGUAGAUCAGGAGAAGAUUAGCGCCAUUUCAGAGUGGCCGACACCUAAGAAUGUGACGGAGAUCCGCAGUUUUCUCGGUUUGGCAGGAUACUACAGAAAGUAUGUCAACAAUUUUGCUAGCAUUGCAAAGCCAAUGACACGACUAACAGGAAAAGACACCGAGUUUGAUUGGACAGAGGAAUGUUCGGGGAGUUUCACUGAGUUGAAGCGACAACUGACCCAUGCGCCAGUUUUGGUACUCCCGAGGCCAGGGAUACCAUAUGAUGUUUACACAGAUGCGUCAGGCACCGGAUUGGGAUGUGUACUGAUGCAGGAAGGUCAGGUCAUUGCCUAUGCAUCACGACAGUUGAGGCCUCACGAGGCCAAUUAUCCUACUCAUGAUUUGGAGUUGGCAGCAGUUGUAUUUGCAUUAAAAAUCUGGAGGUCAUACUUGUAUGGAGAGAAGGUGAAGAUUUUCACGGACCACCAGAGUCUGAAGUACAUAUUUACGCAAACGGACUUGAAUUUGAGGCAGCGUAGAUGGAUGGAGUUGUUAGCAGACUACAAUUUGGAGAUCACAUAUCACCCGGGAAAAGCCAAUCAUGUGGCGGAUGCCUUGAGUAGGCGCAGAAGCGAUAUAUCGGGAACCAAAGAGGUCCAGGAGCUUACUGGGACACUUGCUAGUCUAAGAUUAUGUGCAGUUACUGUAGAGGGAGAGGCAGUUGGCCUCGAGGCUGUGGAGCAAGCAGAUUUGUUAUGGAAAGUGCGUAAGGCUCAGGAUGCAGAUAAGGCUUUGUGUAAGCAGAUCGAGAUUGAGAGUAUUGGAUAUCAUACAGCUUCGAGUGGGAUGUUCAUGUAUCGGAACCGGGUUUGUGUGCCUAAUGAUGAGUUGUUAAAAAAGGAAAUCUUGCAGCAGGCACACCACUCGCGUUUCUCUAUUCAUCCAGGAAACACCAAGAUGUACAAGGAUCUCAAGCGUUAUUAUCAUUGGCCUGGCAUAAAGAGGGAUGUUGCUUCAUUUAUAUGCAGUGUCAGACGUGUCAGAUGGUCAAGGCCGAGCAUCAGGUGCCUAGCGGGUUAUUGCAGAACCUGCCAUUGCCAGAGUGGAAAUGGGACAUGGUAACUAUGGAUUUUGUGACGGGGUUGCCAACCACCUUAGGAGGAAAGAAUGCCAUCUGGGUAAUCGUGGAUAGACUUACCAAGUCAGCCCAUUUUCUAGCUAUUAAGAAGACGGACAGAGCUGAUCAGUUAGCACAGAGUUACAUCAACGAGAUUGUGAGAUUGCAUGGAGUUCCUGUCAGCAUUGUAUCAGAUCGAGAUACAAAGUUUACGUCUGACUUUUGGAGAGCCUUCCAGAAGGCGCUUGGGACGAAAGUGCAUAUGAGUACGGCGUAUCACCCGCAGACAGACGGUCAGUCAGAGAGGACGAUUCAGACUUUGGAGGAUAUGCUUAGAGCUUGUGUUUUGGAUUGGGAAGGGAGUUGGGCAAAGUACCUACCCCUAGCGGAGUUUGCCUACAAUAAUAGCUAUCACUCGAGCAUUAAGAUGGCGCCAUAUGAGGCCCUUUAUGGUAGGCCUUGUCGCACACCGCUUUGUUGGACCGAAGUGGGGGAGCGACGUGAGAUAGAACCUGCAAUGGUUCAAGAGACAGUUGAGCAGGUUGAGAUGCUUAAGAUACGGCUUAGGGAAGCCCAUGACCGUCAGAAGAGUUAUGCAGAUAAGCGGCGUAAAGAUUUGGAGUUCCAGGUUGGCGACCUGGUAUACCUGAAAAUGAGGACAUUUCAGGGAGGAUCUAAGACUCGGAAGCUGAAGAAGCUUAAACCGAGAUAUAUGGGACCAUAUCCCAUUUUGGAGCGAAUUGGAGCAGUUGCUUACCGAUUGGAUUUAUCCGAAGAGUUAUCAGAUUUCCAUGACGUGUUUCAUGUUUCAGUUUUGAGGAAAGUCGUGAGAGAACCAGAGCUCAUUUUGCAGCAGCCGCCCAGUGACCUUGGUAGGAAUUUGCGUGCGCCGUGUCAGCCAGUAGAGCUAUUGGAUCGCCAAGUGAGAGCAGAUGAUGGUAUGAUGACUAUGUUGGUCAAAGUUCGUUGGGAGAGAGAUGGUAUUCAGGAGGAGACUUGGGAGUCCGAGCCCCAGAUGAGGAUUGAUUAUCCGGAGCUUUUCCGGGACAUUGGGCAUGUCAGCUUAUAAAUUGAAUUCGGGGACGAAUUCCUUGUAAGUGGGGGAGAAUUGUAAUGACCCCAACCCCAAACUAUCCCCAAAGGUCACAUUUGGUUUCUUUAAAAAGAGAGAGAGAGAGAGAGAGAGAGAGAGAGAGAAAGCUCACCAGGAGUCCUCGCCGGAGCCACCGCACGCCAGGACGUCGUCAAGCUCGUCAUCACCAUCAACCGCAGCUCGAGGCCAUCAUCGUGUUCCUCUCGUCAAGACGAAGCCGUAGACACCAACCGCGUCACGAUCGGAGCCCGGACGAAGCCGUACGCGCCUCCGGAAGUUUCACCUCCGCGCGCGCGUGAGUUCCACGCGCCGCCGCCGGACCACCGUCCUCCGCCGCAGCGCCGCCGCCGGACCACCGUUCUCCGCCGCAGCUCCGCCGCAGCUCCGCCGUCGCCGCCGGCCAACUUACCGAUUUGGAGUCCAUUUGAGCAGCUGGAGUUCAUAUAUACCACUUCUCUUCAUUGCUAAGGUGAGACCGACGAGCAGAAGUGAUUAUACCGGACCGGUGCUUUUGGGCUUUUACUACUAUUGGGCUUUUGGGCUUCUAUCGUUUUAUCGCUUUUAUCGUUAUCGGGCCUCCAGGCCUUUGGACUUUUAUCGCCUACGUUAUUCCUAUUUCAGACUUUUGGUUUAUAUCGUAUUUUAUAUUUCGGAUGUUAUCGAUGUUGGGCUUUUAGGCCUUUUGUUACCGUAUCGACUAUUAUAUUAUAUGUUGUAUUAUUAUUUUAUUUUCGCUUUUAUCAAUUUAUUUUAUUUUGAAA